CCAGAGGAGGGGGAACUGAGGGUGCCUGUUGCCCAGGGGGAGCUGGGGGCUGCACAGUGAGGGAGGCUCUGAGGUGUUUUUGUGCCCUGGUUCCCCCAUGUUUAUCAAUGCCUGUUCCCCCCACGUAGGUGCUGGAGCAGCUGGAGCCCGGGGCUCUGGGCACAAUGCUGGUGGUGGAGUUAAAAACGGAGAAAGAAGGUGCUGGGAGGAAAUAUGUGCUGAAGCAGGUUGAAUGCAUUGAUGAACAACAAGCAAAUGAAGCCCUGAAGGAGCUCUGUAGUGCCAUGAGCACAGCUUUGGGAGAGUGAGCUGAAUUCUGUUCCAGCUCAUACAUCAACAACAGAAUUUUUAAGCAAUGGAUCUGCUGAAACUUCAGCAUUCAAACAUCUGCAUUUACAAAGAAUUGUUUAUCACCUGGGAUAAUAAGAUUUCAUCUCUAUUUCUUUGUCUGGUGAUGCAACACUCAAGCCAAGGAGACCUUUCAUCUCUGAUCAAGGCAAAAAGAAAGAAGCGAGAGAAAGUAGAAGAUAUGGUGCUUCAGAAGUUCCUGGGGCAGAUGGUGGAUGCUUUGUUUUAUAUACACAAACAAAAUGUUUUUCACAGAAACCUCAAACCGUCUAACAUCCUUUUAACUGAUGAAGUAUCCUUCAUGCUUUGCGAUUUCAGUGUAGAAACUCUUAUGACUGAUGAAAUGAAAUGGAAGAUAAGAGUGGAAGAAGAUCCUGACUCUAAAUCCUGGAUGUCCCCUGAAGCACUCUGCUUUUCCUUUAGUGAGAAGUCUGACAUUUGGUCUUUAGGAUGUAUUCUACUAGACAUGAUGACCUGCUUCUUUCUGAAGGUGAAAGACACAAAUUCAUUACUGCAGGAUAUUAGAAAGGACACCAGUAGUCUUGAGAGAGUUCUGACGUUAAUGCAGAAAGGGAAUAAAGAGACUCUGCCUUUGUCUCAAAUUUUACUUAUGAUGCUACAGAUUCAGCCCAGUAUGAGACCCUCAGCAAAGGAUCUGGCUGAUAUUCCAUAUGUUAUGGAAUGUUUGACUCUUGCUGGUUCCUCUUUAUCAAAACAGGAAAAAACCUUGCCUUCAGCAAUUUUAGAUAUGCUCCUUGAAGGAGGAAUUGGAAGUAUUUUAGAAUUUAUGCAGACUUACUGGGACAUAGAGCAGGCUCAAGCAAAAGCCAUAAAGCGCCUUGCCAGCUUACUAGGAGAAGAAAAUGGUAUGGCCUUAAUGUGUUUGCUAGAACUUCUGGAUCCUGUCACUUGUGCAAUGAGGACUCAUAUAGAUUCUCUAGAGCUACAAUUAGAUGGCUGCAGAUUACUGCUUGACAUUAUUGGCCAAGCCCUACAAGAGAAUGUGGAUGUGGAGAUGCUAGUUGGUGAGGAAGGAAUCCAUUCUCUGUUAAAGACAAUGAGAACAUAUUCUGAAAAUGAAGAACUGCUCUCAAUGACCUGCACUUUACUAAUGAUGAUUUCAGCCAGUGAAAUGGUUGCAGAAGCACUGAGGAAAGCUGGAGUCAUCACAGAUGUUCUGUCAAUUAUAAGCAAUUUUCCUCAGAACAGACAGAUCUGCCUUUCUUGCUCUGGUAUUCUUUGGAGCUUGGCUGUGAAUGAAAGUAACAUGGGGCAAGCAUCACUAAAAAAUGCUGUCCAGAUUAUCACUGGAGUCCUCCAAGAACACCGUGAGGAUGGAGAGGUGGUUGAGUCGGCUUGCUCUGCCCUCUGGGUUCUGACACUUCAGGGCUGCUUAAUUGAAAGCCAGUAUGAACCAACAACUCUGCUUUUGUUGGAUGCUCUCAGGAUGAAUCCAGAAAGACCAGUGCUGGUGAAGAAUACCUGCUUGGCAUUGGCAAGCCUCCUAAGGAUAUCUGAGUUAUCUGCUUUCAGACUUAUCGUAACAGAUACAAAGGGCAGUGGAAUAAGCCUGAUCAGAGACUCCUACCACUUUCACUGUGAUGAUCCAGAAGUGGUGGAGAACAUCUGUAUGCUGAUUAAUGAGAUGGUUCAGUACGGAGAUAAUUACCCUUGUGGAUUCAGCACUUUUGAAACUGCAGAAGUAAGGAUGAUCAAGAAACAGGAUCUGAAAGAAAAAUAUUUCCAUUGUAAAGAAUGCAGUAGCAGGAUACUUCAUACAGCGGAGUGCACCACUCCCAUCGAUUCAAAGGCGUUCACAACAUGAACAAGUGCGAUUGCCACAGUCAGAGCCCCAACCAAUUUGCGUAACCUGGCUCAGAUGGUGCCAUCUUCGGGAGGUGCUGCCUGUGGAGCUUGUAUGCCCCAGCACGGCAUACUCCAGUCUGAUGCAAGUAGCCGAGUGUCUCUGUAUUAAUGAUGCCACUGGCCUCACUGAAGAACUUCACAGACUGUGCUUUGGCCUUCCCUAAAUAUGCAAAUAACUUGAGCAACCUGCUGAUUCCUAGACUAGAAGGAAAUGUUAAAACUAUAUAAAAUGUGCCAUGAGUGCCCUAAUGUCCAUAAAGAGCAGAUAAAAACAGGAGAUCCUAAGGUCUCAUCUGAAAGACUCAGUCAUUGGAUAGCUGAAUGAUGCUGUACUUUAACCUACUCUGGAAUGACAAAAGACUGAGUGGACCAGCUGCAAUCUGAACCUAUGGUUCCAGAGAGGGGAGGUGUUUUACCUGAUGCUUCAGCUAACAUUCUGGGGUGACAAGUCAGUCACUGAAGAUGGGGGCUUCAAAGCAAUAAAUAUCUAACCACGUACCUUUAAG